UAAAUAUUGAAUUUAAAUCCAAGAGCUGCAUAGUUUACUGAACUAGCAAACAACAAACAAAUCAAAAUGUUCAAAGUUAUUGUAUUCGCUGCCUUCUUGGCUUUAGCUGUUGCUGCCCCAGAACCUAAACCAAAACCAGGACUUGUAGCUGCCGCCUACACCGCACCAGUUGUUGGAACUCCUUUGGCUUAUUCAGCUCCAGUUGUACCUGCAGCUUAUUCAGCUCCAGUCGUCUCUGCUUAUAGUGCUUAUGGAUAUACAGCUCCUUAUGUUGCUCCUUAUGCUGCUCAUUAUACUGCUCCAGUUGUUUCUUCAUAUCAUGGUGUAGCUCCAGCUGUCGCAGCUUAUACUUCACCUGUUGUUGUAGCUUAAACUUAUCGAUAAUUGUUGAUGAAUAAAAUAAAAUCAAAUUUAAUAUAAAAA